UCUUCUUCGCUUCCUUUCUUCACAAGACCUCUCUUCUCUCUCUCUCCAUCACGAACUGUUCUUCGUCUUCUUCAUUCUUCUUUAAGUUUCUGAGUUUACUCCCUUGAGGCCAUUAGAUUUUGUUUUGAAGAUGUCACAUUACAGAAGACACUCACUUGAACCUUCCAUUGACUCCAUUACCGGUAAAUUCCGAGAUUCUUUGAGUUUCCAGAGAAAUGAUGACGUCAUCAACAAACCCGAUUUCCGAGAACUCGAUUUAGGCUCUCCGAUUUCUCCGUUAAGGCCACGUGGAUCCUCCUCCGCCGCCGCAACUCCUGCCGCUAGUGGCAGCAGCUCAAGCUCCUCCGGCUCUGCUUCCGGCAAACCCGCCGUCACGUCUCAGCUAGCUAAACGGAGUCACUCCGGCGAGCUCUCCGGUUUAACCGAGGUCAGCUCGGCUACACCCGGAUCCGGAACCAAGAACCGGAAUCCGAAACCUGGUCACAGAAGAUCCGCUUCCGCUGGAACGCCGCUGAUUUAUUCCGGUUUGGGUUUCUCACCGGUGACUAAUCACAAUUCUCGCGGCGGAGGAAGCGGCGCGACGUCGCCUAAUCCCGUCGUUUCGCCCACCGGAAACAUUUGUCCUUCGGGAAGGAUCUUGAAAACCGGAAUGGCCACACGAGCCGCCUCCGUUAGACCCGAGACGCUGUUCACAGGCACGGCCAAUUACGGCCACGGAAACAUCGUACGAAGCGGUGGCGGAAAUAACGGCAAGGCGAAUCAAACGAACAGAGCGGCGGCGAUGGCGGAAUACGGUGACUCAGAGGAGGUGAAGAAGGCAGGUAACGAAAUGUAUAGGAAAGGGAAUUUCGCUGAGGCAUUGGUGCUUUACGAUAGAGCUAUAUCAAUGUCGCCGGAAAAUCCAGCUUACAGAAGCAACCGAGCGGCGGCGUUGGCUGCUUCGGGGAGGUUAGAGGAAGCUGUUAAAGAAUGCCUUGAAGCUGUAAGAUUCGAACCUUCUUACGCUAGAGCUCACCAGAGGCUUGCUUCUCUCUAUCUCAGAUUGGGAGAAGCUGAGAAUGCGAGACGUCAUCUUUGUUUUUCCGGGCAAUGUUCCGAUCAAGCUGAUUUGCAGCGGCUGCAGACACUUGAGAAGCAUCUAAGGCUAUGUACUGAGGCUCGAAAGAUCGGUGACUGGAAAGCUGUAAUUGUCGAAAUCGAUGCAGCCAUUGCAAAUGGAGCUGAUUCUUCUCCUCAGCUUAUAGCUUGUAAAGCAGAGGCCUUUUUGCGGCUUCAUCAGAUAAAGGAGUCGGAUUUAUGUCUAUCCAACAUUCAGAGAUUGGAUCAUCAUCAUCAUCAUACUCUACCACAAGCUAAACUCUUUGGUAUGAUACGUGAUGCUUAUGUGCUCUGUGUUCAAGCUCAAGUUGAUAUGGCGUUAGGAAGAUUUGAGAACGCGGUUGUAAAGGCAGAGAGAGCUAUGACGAUUGAUCAUAGCAAUAACCCCGAGGUUGUAUCGGUGUUAAACAUGGUGAAGAAUGUUGCGAAAGCUCGUACCCGUGGAAACGAGCUUUUUAGUAACGGGAGAUAUUCAGAAGCGAGUGUGGCUUAUGGAGACGGACUCAAGCUCGAUGCUUUCAACUCGGUUCUGUAUUGUAACAGAGCAGCGUGUUGGUUUAAACUCGGUAUGUGGGAUCAAUCUGUUGAUGAUUGUAACCAAGCACUAAGAAUCCAGCCUAAUUACACCAAGGCUCUUCUACGAAGAGCUGCUUCGUUUGGAAAGCUUGGUCGAUGGAAUGAUUCGGUUAGAGAUUAUGAAGUAUUGAGAAAGGAACUUCCAGGAGACAGCGAGGUUGCUGAGUCUUUACAGAGAGCUAAAACUGCUAUAUCGAAUAAAUCUGAAUACUUGGGAUUCAAUAACGAAGUUGAAGAGGUUUCGGCUUUGGAUAAGUUCAAGACCGCGACAUCACUUCCCGGAAUCACAGUGUUUCACUUCAAAUCAUCAUCAAACCGACAAAGCGAAGCAAUCUCUCCAUUCGUCAACACCUUAUGCUUGCGGUAUCCAUUAGUACACUUCUUCAAGGUGGACGUAGAGGAGAGUUUGGCAUUGGCGAAAGCAGAGGGUAUCAAGAAAGUUCCAACCUUUAAGAUCUAUAACAAGGGAGAGAAAGUGAAGGAAAUGGUGUGUCCUAGUCACAAGUUACUUGAAGACUCGGUUACGCAUUUCCUCGUAUAAAUAUCACUCAUUUUUCUUUUCUUUCCGAAAUCUUUAAGCCUUCACGAACGUAAAUUGAUUCAAAGAGCCAUUUUUUAAUUGAAAUUUCCAUUCUUU